AAUCAGCGAUGCACAUGUGUGGUUGUUUAUCUGUUUUACCCCAAUAUUAUAAUUUUGCCUUUUUAUUAUUUUAGACAAAACAGGGAUAAUAAAGAAAAAAAAUGUUGCACCGAAAUUUGCCAGCAGGCAGAGAUCCCAAUAUGGCUGUGGGGAAUAACAGCUGCAUGUGCAGUAUGAGGAAUUUUUCCAAUUAGAUUUGACGGCUGACAGACUGCUGAUUUUAUUCCUAAGGCAGGGUGGUUGAUAAGUGUAUAACAGGUUAAAACUACAAACAAGGUGUCAUGAAGCAAAGUGUUAUGAUACAUAAUAGUUUUUUAUUUGUUUUUUACACUGGGAAAAUAAAUGACAAAUUGUUAUGACUAUAAAAAUCACAGGAUUGAUUCAUAUUGAGCUUAAAUCUUUCCAAAAAAGUGUUUGCUAGCUAUAUUUAUUUAAAAACUCGAAAUCGCCAACGUACAGGCGGAUUUAUUCAACGGUGUUUUCUGCAGCUCGCUGUAGGUGAAUCAGCGACACCUUGAGGCCGCUGGGGCUAACUGUCCAGGUUAGCGAGCCGGUGGCUAACUGGUAACUGUUAGCUUUAAGGUUAGCCUUCCAGCCCCGUUUGCAGACACGUCCACACAUACACAGUGUCUGCUGCUGGAUACUCAGACACAUGCUGGACUGCUGGCAGGAGAAAUGCUAGCUACGAAGAGGUCUUUCACCAGUUUCUUUACAUACGCAAAUUGAGCUCCCGGCCCAGCCAUGUUCGGCACUGAGUCCUCAUUAAGCAUGUUUCUCAACACCCUGACGCCCAAGUUCUACGUGGCCCUGACAGGUACUUCCUCCCUCAUAUCAGGACUCAUAUUGAUCUUCGAGUGGUGGUAUUUCAGAAAAUAUGGGACCUCCUUCAUAGAGCAGGUGUCUGUGAGCCACCUGCGCCCCCUGCUGGGAGGAGUGGACAGCAGCUCUCCCAGUAACUCAAACGCCAGUAAUGGGGAGGCUGACUCCAGUCGGCAAAGUGUGUCUGAAUGUAAAGUAUGGAGAAAUCCACUGAAUUUAUUCCGCGGAGCCGAAUAUAACCGGUAUACUUGGGUAACAGGUCGAGAGCCGCUGACAUAUUAUGACAUGAACCUGUCAGCACAAGAUCAUCAAACCUUCUUCACCUGUGACUCAGACCAUCUCCGGCCUGCUGAUGCCAUCAUGCAGAAGGCGUGGAGAGAAAGGAACCCACAGGCUCGCAUCUCUGCAGCACAUGAAGCUCUGGAGCUUGAAGACUGUGCAACAGCGUACAUCUUGCUGGCAGAGGAGGAGGCCACCACCAUCAUGGAGGCUGAGCGGUUAUUUAAACAGGCGCUAAAAGCUGGAGAGGGCUGCUACCGCCGCAGCCAACAGCUCCAACAUCAUGGUACACAAUAUGAAGCCCAGCACAGAAGAGACACCAAUGUGUUGGUGUAUAUAAAGAGGAGGCUGGCCAUGUGCUCCAGAAAGCUCGGCCGAACAAGAGAAGCAGUUAAAAUGAUGAGAGAUUUGUGUGUUUUCCAGUUAAUGAAGGAGUUCCCUCUCCUCAGUAUGUUCAACAUCCACGAAAACCUGCUGGAGUCGCUACUAGAGCUCCAGAACUACGCCGACGUCCAGGCCGUUCUGGCCAAGUAUGACGAUAUUAGCUUACCUAAAUCUGCAACAAUAUGCUACACAGCAGCCUUGCUCAAAGCCAGGGCGGUAUCGGACAAGUUCUCUCCAGAGGCCGCAUCCAGGAGAGGGCUGAGCACAGCAGAGAUGAACGCAGUAGAAGCCAUCCACAGAGCGGUCGAGUUCAAUCCUCAUGUCCCCAAAUACCUGCUUGAGAUGAAGAGUCUGAUUCUUCCUCCAGAACACAUUCUGAAAAGAGGCGACAGCGAGGCCAUUGCCUACGCCUUCUUCCACCUACAGCACUGGAAAAGGGUGGAGGGGGCACUCAACCUUCUGCACUGCACCUGGGAGGGCACUUUCAGAAUGAUCCCAUAUCCUCUGGAGAAGGGUCACCUGUUCUAUCCUUACCCCAUCUGUACAGAGACGGCAGACAGAGAGCUGCUACCCACAGUGUUUCACGAGGUGUCGGUCUACCCGAAGAAGGAGCUGCCCUUCUUCAUCCUCUUCACAGCUGGUCUCUGCUCCUUCACUGCCAUGCUGGCUCUGCUCACACACCAGUUCCCUGAACUUAUGGGAGUGUUUGCUAAAGCUUUCCUCAGCACGCUGUUUGCUCCUCUGAACUUUAUCAUGGAGAAGGUGGAAAGCAUCCUGCCAUCCAGCCUCUGGCACCAGCUCACCCGCAUCUGACCCCGACCGACAGAAGGGCCGACCGGACCAGGAAUCAGACCCAGGACCAGCACCAAGAGCAGACCUCUAUCUGGACAGAAACAGCUGAACUGAAAUCCAGAACACUGCAGUGGACUAGACUGACGCGCCUCUGUGCCAAGUUCAAACCAAACCGAGAGCAGAUGGGAAUCCGAGGAGAGGCGCGAAACAAAAAUGCUAAACAACACCCAGAAUUGGUUUUGACUUUAUUUGAUAUGUUUGCAUUUCUUUGGGUUAUCAGUCAUUUAAAGCUGUUCUUUUGUUGUACAAAAAGAGAUGAUCAAUUGCCAUCAUUAAAAAGGUGAAAAGGAAAAAAAAUACAAUAAAGGACUUUUUGUGUAUUGCUGCAAAAA